CUCACUGUACAUUUGCUUGUGUGCGCUUCAGACAAUUGAGACGCUGGAUGCGACGCUUGAGGAGAUGUUGUUUGGGGACGACGCGGAGCCAUUUGUUGACGCUCUGCCGCUGCUGCCAUCGGCGUGCAGCGAUGACGAUGUGCCGCAGCUCUUGUCGCGCUGUGCAAACAUGGGCGCACGCACGGACGUCCAAAUCCUCGCAGACACCAUUGUCACCACAACCGAAUUCAUUGACGCGUGCCGCGAGAAGAUCGAGGCGCUGAUGCCGGAGCGGCUGCAGGGAAUUGAUCUCAAAGCUGCGAAAGACGCGGUGGAGAGCGCUGCACAGGGAGGCACCAACACCGCCAAUGACGAUGACGAGGACAACGGACUGUCCGGGAAAUCCAAGCGGCGUGGCCGAAAGAAGAAAAGCGGUGGCGGUGCGAGUGCAAAGGGAAAGAAGGGCAAGUCUGCGGCUCCGUCUACAGAUAUCCUCAACUUCAUGUCCUUGGACGAGAUGUCCGCCUUCAUUACAAAGGCGUUUCCAGACACAGAAGAUCACCCUGGGCUUGCGGAUGAGAUUGCGGCGAAAUUGCAUGCGCCCCUCAGCUCCAAAUUCAAGGAGAUGGUGGUUGCGCGCAUCAAGUCUGGUGCUUCCGGCACGGGGCGAAAGGAGGCGAGAGCAACACUCGAGCGCACGUUCAGCACCAUGUACGACAACAUCCAGGCGUUUGCAAAGACAUCAGCGUCACUUUCGGAGACGGACGCGUCGCUGUCAUCGACGCUCGACCGCCAUCUGCUCCGCUCGCUCUGCCCAGAUCUCGUUGCUGUGCUCAUCAAGCUCCUGGCACUGGAGAAUCUGAUCCAAUUUGAUGUGGACAAGCCCCUCUCGAGCGACGAGCGGAAAGAGAUCCUCAACGAGAGCGCGCCCGCAGACAAGAAGACGUUCAAUGAGCUCUUGCAGAUGUGCAAUGGCAAGGACCUCGCUGCGUUUCAAACGGCAAUGGAGAAGGUGGCGGAAGACAGGCUGCAGCUCUUCAUUCGCCCCUUUGACAAGAAGACAGAGAAGCAAGUGCUUGCGAACCACCGCGCCGGGCUGGCGCAAAUGGUCGAUGCACUCCCGAACACGGCGAACCUUGGCGAAGCCCUUCUUGCCGUCAUUACCCUGCUGUUUGCACAGCAGCGCAACGAAUGCCUGCAUGCACACGGGCGCAGCAUUCCGCAGCUGUUGGAUGUGCUGAAGGACGAUGUUGACGAAGACACGUUCGCCACCCUCAAGCAGGCGCAGGACGAGGUGUAUGCACAGCUGACGAAAGGGGAGGACGAGGAACCUGUUGAGUUGACAGUCACCGUUGCUGACUUGAAGCGGCUCGUGGCCAAGAAAUGAUGGGCGUGUUUUCAUGCUUCCUUACUGCUCCUGCUGAUCUUCUUUUGUGUGUGUGUGUGUGUGUGUGUGUGUGUGUGUGUGUGUGUGUGUGUGUGUGUGUGUGUGUGUGUGUAUAGUUCCGAAUACACAACCUGGAAUCCA